AUGCACCCAAAGCGAGCCCCUUGGCAACCAGCAGCCGCUAACCGGCAAAGAUCAAUUCAGAAGAAGAACGUAGCGGAAUUUAUCUCGCAUCAUGGCAGACUAGGUCCCAGGUCAACCCAUGGCGGGGGCGGUGUAGGCUAUUGGGGGCAUAGGGGGGGGGGGGCGGGGGGGGGGGGGGGGGGGGGGGGGGGGGGGGGGGGGGGGGCGGUGGAUCGCAGUUAG